AUGCCAAUAUCCAUGGAUGAAAGGUAUGCUCCAAUCGGUCUACUGUUUCUUAUUGCGGGCAAAAUUGUGGAGAUGGAGGAUAUGACUGUGGUGGGAGGACAGCUGGGAAUGUAUACAAUUACCGUCAUCGUGGGGCUGCUCUUCCAUGCUCUCAUCGUUCUGCCUCUACUCUAUUUCUUCAUCACACACAAGAAUCCCUUUGUUUUCAUGGGUGGAUUGUUACAGGCUCUGGUUACUGCACUCGGCACCUCCUCCAGCUCAGCCACUUUACCUAUCACAUUUCGAUGCCUGGAGGACAAAAUUGGGCUGGAUAAACGAAUCACCAGAUUUGUGCUGCCUGUGGGUGCCACAAUUAACAUGGACGGCACUGCACUGUACGAAGCACUUGCUGCUAUCUUCAUUGCACAAGUUAACAACUUUGAACUCAACUUUGGACAAAUCAUCACCAUCAGUAUCACUGCCACAGCUGCUAGUAUUGGUGCUGCUGGCAUCCCACAGGCAGGCUUGGUUACCAUGGUGAUCGUACUGACAUCGGUUGGGCUUCCAACAGACGACAUCACUUUGAUCAUUGCGGUGGAUUGGUUCCUAGAUCGACUGCGCACCACAACCAAUGUACUGGGAGACUCAUUGGGAGCUGGCAUUGUACAGCACCUCUCACGUCAUGAGCUUCAGAAAAUGGAUGCUGAGGGUUGCAACUCUGUCAUUGAGGAAAACGAGAUGAAGAAAUCCUACCAACUUAUCUGCCAGGACAAUGACAAUGAGAAGCCCACAGACAGUGAGACCAAGAUGUAG